AUGUCGCAACCGAACACAGCCGCCAUCGCGGUCGCCGCCAUUUUCGGCGGCAUCGCCCUAGUCUUCGCGUCAUAUAAAGCAUAUCGCAAGAUCUGGCACUGCAUGCACCGCUCAGAAGAGCUGCCUCCCCUCUCGCAGCCUCCCACCACGACGUACCAUGGAGGCGUCGUCACAAAUACAGUGUCCGACAUGCCAACAAGCAGGUCGAUCAACAGGAGCGCCGGCUCUACCGACUACCUCAUAACAUCGUCAGCGUCCACGUCUACGUGGCAUCAGGCAGAUGGUCUAGGCUCCACUUCCACCAGCGAAAUGCCCUCUCCGAACAUGCAGGCUCUCGACUCUGUGGUGCUGUCGACGCCUUCCGAGAUCUACGACCCCAGCCGGCCAGGCGCUUCCGUCAUUUCGAGCUCCUCCUCCACCAUGACGAUCAAGCGCUCGUACCUGAGAUCGCCUUCGACUUCGCAAAUCUCCUACAUGUCGAAUCCGAGCCGGCGAGAGUCGUAUCUGCCUCAUUCACCGCACAACCGAGACAUGAUUCAGAUCGUUCCGCCGCAACCGCUCGGAUUCGGCGGCCGAAUGGCCAUGGCUAGCGACCAGAAGACGCUGGCUUUCAGCGAAGACAGCGGAAUUGGGCUCUCGGAAGACUUCACGAGCGGCUUGAUUUGGACGGAGCGCAAUCCACAUCGGCCUCACUUGGCACAGCAGGAGAGGAAGAGAUAUCUCAUGGAAGGGCCUGUGUCCUCGCGCAGCAGCGAAGCACCUAGCCCGUUGACAACAUCGCGCAGCGGUUCCUCGCCAGGAGGGGGUGUACUGGAUUCACAGAGCGAAAGCGACCGGCCUUAUGCCGCUGCGGAGGCAUCACCAGAACAGCCGACGUUGCAUUCGGGCAGCGUACAACCACUUGCACGUCGAGCAUCCGCCAUCCACCCCCAAGUGCUGGGCGCACAGGACAGUCCGCUUCAGAGGCUGCAAAGCAACGCAGGCCAAGCUCGUCCCUCUCCACAGACCCGCUUGCCAUCCGACGACAACAGCCACCGAUCCGACUCGGACGCCUCUCCCAUCCUCAGGCCAUUUGUGUCGCAAUCGAGCCCCCCCAGCACGGGUGACGGGGCUGCCGCUUCGAGUUCUGACGUUUCGAGCGUUGCGGCGACUUCUCCUCCUCAAUAG